AUGAUAGACAUAUUUAGUACCACAUUUGUGGAAACCUCGGUAUCAGCGCCCAGCUCAGCUUAUUCGAUGUCGCCAUCUGGGAAAAGCACCAACAUAUCCACAAGUCAUGGCCAAACCACAGUCGAGAGCUCGUCUACUGCUAGUCGUAGGGUCUCGAGCACUAGAAGCGGUGACCAGACAUCGGCAUCAGACUUCGUAGCCGUGCUGAGCAGUAGCUCUCUGGUGUCGAUCAAGUCACCAACUUCAAGCAGCGAGGAUGGGACGAAGUCUCAAGCAUCAAGUUCCGAUUCGCUCCAAGAGAUGCAUUCCACCGUGCUUACCAGCUCUGAACAAGACAAUAGUCAAACACAAUUGAUGACAUCGACUGGUGGUAGCACGCCGUCGACACAACUCAGUGUGCAGACGUCUUCUCAACAAGUCUCUGAUAGCGCCAUAUCUGCUGUGUCUUCGACAUUUCAGGAUCUGGGAGUGCCUUCGAUAACAUCGAGCUCCAUGUCACAGAUCCACUCAGAUAAUACCUCCCCUAUAUCUACCAGUUUUCAGUCAGAAGCAUCCACAAUGACGAGCUCGAUCCCACUUACUCACAGCACCUUGUACAUGGGCGCGACGUCCAGCGGGACAACAUCAAUCACCAUUUCAGAAAAUGCCCUAUCAAGCAUCAUUCAGGUCAUCACGACCUCCUCUCCACAGUAUUCAUCCGCCAGCGUCACCAAACCAACUGAGGAGAACUCGAGCUCCUACAUGACAACCCGAUUGGUUCCCUCCACCCCUGCUUUAACGAGCCCAAUAAGCAACGAAGUGCCGACCGUUACUAGUGACAGUGCCUUUGGAUCCUAUUCAACACCAGCAGGCCCUAGCAUGACACAAAACUCUGAGCCAAAUAGUUCAAGUAGCAGCUGGCAGCCGAGUAGCAACGAUGCAAGCCUAAUUAGCUCUGCUAUCGGCACAAGCGAGUUCUCCCGAAGCGGAUUAAGUAGCCAUAUGCUCACAGAGAACAUUACGCCAAGUACAAGUGCUUCUUCUGCGGACACCGUUCCUUCGAUUAGCAACAGUGAAUCUUCUUCCUCGAUCAGAAUGCAAUCAACGACCAGCGAGCCUGAACUCAGCUACCACAUAAGCCUCUCGACCAUUUCUGGCGACAGUUUCGCGGCAAGUACAAGCCAGGAGAGUCCGACUGCCACAGGGUCCACAUCCACAACCACGGCUCUUGAGCCGACAUCCCUAAGACCAAGCAGCAUGCCUUCUGGUGAUAGCAAUGUCCCGGAGUUGUCCACACCAGAGACGCCUACCGCAGCUUUGAGUACUGAGAGCUCUUCCACCACUACUGGAAUUGGCCACGAGCCUAGCAGUACUUCAACCUCAAUCCAAAGCAACACACACUUACAAUCGACCUUUGCCUCUUCAAUUCGUCCGGACUCUAGCAGCAACACUGGACCCGGCAACAUCACUCCUUCACCGUCCGGAGGAUCCCAGACUGAGUCAACCUCGAGUGACAAGUCUUGGACAAAGGAAAUUAGCAGCAUGGAUGCUAUGGAAUCGAUAACGUCCUCCUAUUUUGGUCUGACGGGGUCAGGUAGCAUUGACAUAAAUAGUGCAGCGUGGCCAAGAUCGUCGCUCACGCAGCCUGCGGCUACAAAUUCAUCGACGGGUGUUGGUGUGUCUGGAUCAUCCGUAGACCAACCUCUGUACACUGGUCAAUCAGCCACUGAACAGUCUACCGAACAGUCUACUGAACAGUCUACUGAACAGUCCUCAGGCGCCAUUCUCAGCCCAACGUCAUCGGCGACGGAGAUUUUUGUGGUUCAAAGUAGUGCUGCAUCCGCAGUCUCAGGUGACACAGCUAUACCAACCUCCCUAGGUUCUCCCGGGCCUUCUAAAAGCAGAACUAGCACGAGUGAGCCAAGUUCAUACUCAACCAACGCAUCCUUUGGCACUACUACCUCUGGAAAUUUAAAUAGCAACGCCACUUCGGAAAACCUAUCUUCAAUGGGAACCAGUGCGAAUUCGGGCGCCAAUUCGCUGGUUUCGCCUUCCACUCAAAGCUCCCAGGACUCCCUACCCUCAUCAUCUUUGGUGUCUGGAACCGCUGUCGACUCUCGGAGCCAGGGCAACACGCAUGUAGCUUCAAUUUCGACGCUCGACUCCGAUAGCCUUGCAACGUCUUUUGUUUCCAAGAUAGCUAGCCCAACAGCGUCGUCCGAGUCCUCGACCAGUGAGCUUUCGGAUUUGUUCAGUUCCGCAACUCGAGAAAUCUUUGUCACACAAAGCAACAGCGGGACCUUCUCAGCUUCAGAUUUCACCACUACGUCCGACACUCUUGCGAUUUCAUCCCUUGGACAGAGCUCAAGUGCUUCAGGCGCCCUAGGAAUACCAGGAGGUCCUUCGGUCGACUCUCAUCAGGCUACUGCGCCCAAUAGCCUUUCCACGCCCGAAGGAAACAACAGUACAGUGCCCAGUCGGCCGGCGUCUAUUGAUGGAUCUCAAUCAAGGUCUGAAAGCGAUAGCUCCAGGUCAUUUUCGACAUCGACAAUGGGCUACAGCAGCUAUCAUGACACAAGAUCAGCGAUAUCAACAUCACCCACCAGCAAAGCUAGCAGCAAUAUCAUUUGGGCCUCAAGUAUGGUGGACAACUCAACAACCAAGCAUCACAGCAACUACAACAUCUUACUCUGGAUUGUACUUCCAAACUAUCUCGAGCUCAUUCCCGUCAAGCCGCAGCUCAGAAACACACCCUACUGGAGGCUACACGACAGAAAUGGAGAGCUCGCUCAUGCCCCCAUCUGGGCCAUCAGAGCUGCCGUCGCAGGAAUCGGCCGGCGGAAUCAGCAGCAAUUUAAUCGGUUCUAUCAGCUCGUCUACCGUGAGUCGCGUCAUGCUGACAAGACCUGCGUCAACAGGAGCUUCCCAAGCACCUACAAAAGAAGACCUAAGUGCAUCCGGCAGCACUAUGCAGCCUUCCACCUCAUCGGUGACAAACAGCAUUCACGAAUCUGCAUCGAUGAGUAUAACAGGCGGGCCCACCGUGUCACGCAUGCCGGCAGAGCAUACCCCGUCGAGCCUCGUUAA